AUGCUCGACUGGCAAUCCCGCAUUCGUGAUCCUGUCGAGCCUGAAUCUCCUUCAACACACUCAGAAUCGACCCGAGCAUCCUCUGCCCACCCUAUGCAUCCCCCGGAGCCCACUAUCACGCCCCGCACAUUUGAUUCUGAUGCUUCCUUGGUCUUGGUGGGCAUCCGAGGGUGUGGAAAGCGCUCCCUUGGCUUCGUCGCAGCCGCAGCCCUUAAACGACGCUUCAUAACCGAGGACCACUACUUCAAAGAAGUGACCGGGGUCACGCGACACGAGUACCUCAAGAGCCAUGGCAGCCAGGAAUUCCAGCGCCGAGACAUUGAUGUGUUGAAACAGAUGCUGGAUAAUCACAAGACAGGGUGUGUCAUAGAGUGCGGGUUAGGAAGUCUUACUCGACCGGUCCAGGACCACCUGCGCCGUAUUUCGCAGGUCUGCCCCGUGGUGCAUAUCCUACGCGACAUCGAUCGUAUUCAAGAGCUCUUGGGGCUUGAAGAUCAGUCCAUCCGCCUACUGCGGGAAGGAGACCCGUUGCAUCGUACAUGCUCGAAUUUUGAAUUCUACAAUCUGGAAGACCGCACGCGCUUUGUUGCCGACGAUGGAAGUCCCGACCCACGAUCGGCUGCGUAUUCAUUCAAGCUGCAAGAGGUCAAGGAGGACCUGACCCGUUUUGUCCGCUUUGUUACGGGAGCCGAUGUGAACCAGUCGAGUUAUGACUCGCCAUUUGUCCUGUUAGAGACCCCUCCUGAGCUUCGUUCUUACACCCAUGCUAUCCUUGUUCGCUCCUCCGAUUUGAUCGACGACAACGUGAAUCUUCAGGAAUUGGAGUCCGGCGGUGAUGCAAUUGAGUUGUCUGUUGACCGCUGGAGCUCAAAUAUGCCAGCCAUCAUCAGCCAACAGGUCGCAGUUUUGCGCCGCAAUUCCCGGACGCCUAUUAUCCUCUCUGUCGAUACGACAUCAUCUGGGCUUGGCCGACGAGAUCAAUCGACUUCAUGUUAUUUCGAUAUUUUGGAACACGGUUUACGUCUGGCAGUGGAAUACUUGGUUGUAGAUCUUGGACAGAAUCGAUCUCAACUAGCGCAGAUCAUUCGCGCCCGAGGAAAUACCAAGAUUAUUGGACAACAUGUAUUUGAAGCAACUUCACGAGUCAAAUGGAGCGAUGCUAGUUGUGUGACACUAUACAAUGAAGCAGAGAAGCUUGGUUGUCAGAUUGUCCGUCUUCUCCGCGUGGCUACAGAUCGCGAGGAGAAUGCGAGUGUCUUGGAAUUCGGCAACAAAAUCCGCGCGUUACCCGGGGACCAUGCGCCAUUGAUCGCCUAUAACAUUGGACGCCUUGGACGGACGUCCCAGGUGUUCAACUCUAUUCUGACAAGUGUGACCCAUCCGGCGAUCACUCGUCCCACUGAGAAUGAACGUGAUCCUUUGAUCACAUCCCGCGACGCUGUUCAAGCCCUCUUUCAAAGUUACGUCCUUGACCCGCUGAAGUUUUGCAUUCUUGGCUCGAGUGUGUCCUACAGUUUAUCGCCUUUCAUGCACAACGGAGCUCACCAACAUUCGGGCAUGAGCCAUACCUACCGCAUUCCGGAUUCUCCCUCUCUCGACAUACUGGACGAGUUACGUCGUGAUCCAGACUUUGGCGGCUCCAGUGUUGUUCAACCCUGGCGAGUAGAGGUUUACCAUAAACUUGCAGCCAAGAGUCGACAUGCCGAGGCGAUUGGCGCUAUCAAUACCAUCAUGCCCUUGCGGGGACCAUCAGAAGGAGGGAUGUACUCGCUUCAGGAGCAAGCCAGCCGACGCAACCAGGCAGGUCCGGUGCUCGGAUGGUACGGUGAAAAUACGGAUUGGGUCGGCAUUAUGACCUGUAUCACUCGCCAUCUUUCUCCUCGCAACGCUAUCAGUGCGAAAACAACGGGCUUGGUCAUCGGAGCCGGUGGCAUGGCUCGGUCUGCUAUUUACGCUAUGCUCCGCAUGGGCUGCCGCAAGAUCUUCAUCUACAACCGAACUCAAUCCCGAGCGGAAGAAGUGGCCCGUCACUUCAACUCUUGGGCGUCGUCUCAAGUGGACUCGGUCGAUGUGGUGCGGGUCUUGCGCUCAACACAAGAUGACUGGCCUGAAGACUUCAACCCACCCAGCCUCAUUGUGUCCUGUGUGCCGGCCGAUCCAGAUCAAGAUGAGGCGCCGGCCAACUUUGAAAUGCCCCUGCAGUGGCUUGGUAGUCCCACUGGGGGUGUUGUAGUAGAGCUUGCCUAUAAACCUCUAGAUACACCAUUACUGAAACAGAUACGUCGGAUCCGAACUGACACGGGCCGGUCCUGGGUUCUAUCUGACGGACUAGAAAACGUUAUCGAACAGGGUAUUGCGCAGUGGGAGCUCAUGACCGGCCGCAAAGCCCCUCGAAGGUUGAUGACCCUGGAGGUCCUCCGAAACUACGAGGGAGAGAGUGGACGAUUUGACGAAAAGACGAUUCAGGCCCGGCUGGACGGAGUUUGUUCGUAG